AUGAUUAUCAAUCAAUUGAUUUCUUUUUUGUUCAUCAUCUCAAUAAUCUUUUCUGAACUUGGAAUAUUGACUGGUGAUAGUAUAGAAAAUUCUGAUAAUGAUGAUGAUGAUACUACUGUAUAUACACGUUUACGUCGUCAACUUAAAAAAUUUGCAUAUGCAGAUCCAUGUGAAGUUAAAUGUGUUAGUGAAAAAAUUCAGUCAAAAGUACCUAUUAAAGUCUUAGCUAAAAAGUGUAAAGAAACAUGUCAAGAUAAAAUAGUAAAUUUUAAACCGGCUGUUUAUUAUAAUUAA